UAUCAUCUACAUACCAUGACUCGAUUUGAAACCAACUUGGACUUCUACAUAUUUCUACGAGAAGGCGACCUCAAGGAUUAUAAAAGGCUCCAUCAAGCGAUUUUGGCUGGUAUUCCACUCAGUGUUUGUGACCAAGAUUCUGAAGAAAUAUUAAAGUUUUCAAGAUCCAUCACUGUCAACUUGAAUCGCAGAUGGACCGCGGCAAACAGAACUCAGAAAACAUUUAUGAAUAAACAUAUGGGCUGGUUAGAGGAAAGAAUCAAGUGGCCUGUGUGCAAUAACCUGAAUCUCGCGAAGAUUUUUGAAGAUACCAUAGAGGAAGAAAAUCAGCUACCAGAGCCUACAGAUUACGUCACUCCAUCCACAUCUUCUGUUACAAAGGAUAUGAGCACUUCUACAGAAAGUCCGGUCAGAAAACCAUUUUCUGACCUGGGAAACAAGCAAAAAAAAAGACGGUCAGGUACAUUAACUGACUAUACAGCAGAUGAGUUGUCUUUUGCUCUCGUCUCUAACCUGAAAUCGGAAGGAAAAAUCGACCUUGCCCAAGUGAUUGGGCACCUUAUGAAAAACCCAGAACGAGCACACGAAGUUCAAACAUAUUUGUUUCACAAGGAGAAGAAGGAAACUCUCGAGGAAGAUCAAGCUUUGGCCCUUGCUACUUCACUGGAUUUGUCAAAAUGGAGAUAUUUGACGCUAAGGGCUUUCUUGACAAACUACGAAGGUUCUGCACAGCUUCCUUCGUACUACAAACUGUUGAAAGCUAAGAAGAAAUGCUAUCCGGAUACGUCUGAUAUUGAAGUAACUGAAGAUGGAGCAAAGGUGAAAUUGCAGUCAUUACUGAAUUUGACUGUACAGAGGAUCCUGCAAGUUGUUGGCGAACCUCUAAAUCUCCCAGAUGGACAUCUAAAAAUGACCAGCAAAUGGGGAUUCGACGGAUCUUCAGCACAAAGUAAUUACAGACAGAAAAGCGGGCAACCUGACUUCGAUGAUUCAUCAGUAUUCAUGACGAGUCUUGUGCCAUUAAAGCUUGAGUCUGACAAUGUGCUGAUCUGGGAAAAUCCAAAACCUUCUUCCACGUUUUACUGUAGACCAGUGAAGUUUCAGUUCGCAAAGGAAACCAGCGAAUUCAUCAAACAAGAAGAAGCUGCGAUGAAAGAAGAAAUCCGAAACCUGACUGUGUCAAGAUGCGGGGAAGUCGAGAUCAGUCAUGAUCUGCACAUGACGAUGAUUGAUGGCAAGAUAGCUACAAUCAUCACCGAUACUCCAUCUGCAGCGACUUGCAAUAUAUGUCUGGCAAAACCCAGUGAAAUGAAUAACUUACCAGAAGUAUUCUCAAGACCAGUUCGGGAUGAGGUGUACCAGUACGGACUCUCUACACUUCACAUGUGGAUCAGAAGCAUGGAGUGUCUAUUGCACAUAUCGUACAAUAUGGACUUCGAGAUGUGGUGUGCACGAGGUGAAAAUAAAAACCUCAAGAAAGCAAGGAAGGAUUUCACGCAACAACAAUUCAAAGAGCAGAUGGGACUCUUGAUAGAUAUUGUUAAACAGGGCUUCGGAACUACGAACGAUGGCAACACUGCAAGAAAAUUUUUCAGAGAAUACCAGAAGAGUGCACAGAUUACGAAGAUUGAUGAGAAUCUCAUUAGGCAUUUCGCUGUGAUCUUGCAGGUCAUAUCCUCUGGGAAUGCCAUCAACAUCGAGAAAUUCCGGGAAUAUUGCAGAGAGACAGCUGAACUUUUUGUACACCUCUAUCCAUGGUACAAUAUGCCAGCAAGUGUGCACAAGCUGCUCAUACAUGGGGCUGAUAUUUGCCGACAUUUCUCUUGUCUGCCUAUUGGAAUAAUGUCGGAAGAAGCAUCCGAAGCAAGAAAUAAGGAAUUUAGAAAUACAAGGGAGCAACACACUCGGAAAAUGGGAAGGAUUCAGAAUAAUGAAGACAUUCUUCAUAACUUUUUAAUAACUUCGGAUCCAUAUAUAUCACACAUCAGGCCAAAGUAUGCAAAAUUCAAUAAUUUAAAAUUAUUUUCAGAAGCUAUUGACUUAUUAGAAUCAGCGGUAGAGGAAGAAGCAGAAAUGGAGAUCGACGAAGUUUCAGUGGAUAAGACAAAUCCUUUGGAAUAAUCAUCUCUUUAGUGUGCACAAUAUCACAGCUCUUUUCAGAGCUUUACAACAGCUCUUUUCAGAGCUCUACAAAAGCUCUUUUCAGGGCUACCAUCUAUAUCUUCAUAUUUCUUGGGCAACAUAGUCAAUAUCUAAUGUAUAAAAUUCUCGCACGGUAUAAAUUUUGUGUGCUUGUCGCAAAGGUCUUGCUUUAAAAAGAUAAUCGUUUCAUCAUUAAUAGUAUGAAAUUUCAUCUCAAUCAAAAAUUUCAUCGUAAUCCUGACCUCCCCCCCAGCCUUCGUAUGAUCAAGUACGGGUAUUUUAAAAGACUCCCCAUCCGCCUCUGAACGGGUCACGUAGUAUGGGUACGGUAAUUUAGUUUAUGAUGCCUAUAUAUUUAAUAAGGAAAAUUUCCAAGCGCUGUGGACGCCAAAGCGGCAGACAUAUGAAUAUGACUUCAAGGUAUAAAAUGUUGAGAAUUGUGCGGACUAUAACGCCUACUAGGCCCUGCCUAACAGUAUUACCAUUUCAAAGAUUUUUAUGAUUAUUACUUUUUCUCCAUACAAAAAAAUAAACAGUAUUUUUUUUAAAUAUGAAAAUGCACUUUUUAGCAAAAACCUUAUUAACAAAAGUCAAAGCUAUUGUUAAAAGGAGUAUGUAAAAAAAAAAUCAGCGUGAUAGCUGCACUUUGAUCCCUAAGUCCACCAUAUACGAUUUUCGAACCAGUGUGGCGGCGACUCGACUCUAUGCUAGACAUUGAAAUUAAAGCCCUGUAUCAUAUGUUCAAGGUUCAAUUUCAAAAAAUGAUUAUAAAGUAGUGUACAACGAGUGGCCUACGCAUCGUACACUAGAGGUCAACCCCGACACGUUUGUCACGCAAUGACCAUACGUCGUCCACGCAACGACCACACGUUGUCCACGUAACGACUAUGCGUUUGCGACUGACGCGUGACGGGCAACCAUUUGCCAGCCCACCCGUCCGCCCCGUGCCUUCCCCCCGCCCGCCAUCAUUCACUAUAGAAUCGAAGGACGGAGUGCACUUUGGCGGUACACGGUGAUUUUUCGAAAAUCAUGCAGAAAGAAAAGUUGAUAGAAGAAGUGCGAAAACAUCCGCUACUAUACGACCUUAGUGAUCCGAAAUAUAGUGACGUACAUAAGAAGGAAAAGGCAUGGAAUGAAAUCGCUAUUGUAUUGUCGCAACCAGCGUCAGAAUGUAAGAAGAUAUGGCAAAACUUAAGGGAAUAUCAUAGAAGAGCCAUUAAAAAGAAAGCAACUAAAAGUGGUCAGAGUGCUAAUACUAAUAAAAAAUGGCAAUUUGAAACUGAAAUGUCUUUUUUAUUACCACAUUAUAAAGAACGGUCUACAGUGACGUCAGUGGACAACACAGAUGAUGGUGAUGAUGAAAAUAGCUUAUCUGCUGCGGAAAUUCUUGCCAAUGUGACUAAUAAUGAAGAAUCUCAAGACUCGUCAAUUAUCUCGGAGCGUCCUGAAUCUUCGGUGUCUAUGUACAAUUCAUCUAGAUCAGUGUUUCCUGACAUUCCAAAAACGACAAAACGAAAGAAAUUGCAAGAAACAAGUGCAUCGGCGGUUUUAAUGGAAUAUUUAUUAAAAAACAAACACGAUGAAGAUGGAAAGCAGAAUGACGAAAUGGAUAAAUUUUUUUUAAGUAUUUCUAGCACAGUAAAAAAAUUAUCUACCUAUAAUCAAGCACUUUUAAAGUCAAGAAUUUUUAAUUUAGUUUCGGAAGCUGAAAUACAAGAACUGCAAAAUAAUCGAAACUGUUACUAUGAUGAUUUUUUUGCACCAGGAACUUCUGGCUACACAACUCAAAACCUAAAUGCAGGUACUACCGGUAGUAGCUACACAACUCAAAACCUAAAUGCAGGUACUACCGGUAGUAGCACCGCUAGCACCCAACAGCAAAAUACAACGCCUAUGGAAGAAUCGAGGGUUGAUGGUUCUUCUUAACACAAUUAAAGUAAAAUUGCUUUGCUUUGAUUUAUCCUUUAACUUGAUAUAUAAAUAAAUACAUAUAAAUUAUAAAAAAGUUUCUUAUUGCUUACCUUAAUGUCACUGCCAGCUUUUCUUCCGGUGAUACAGCUUCUCUAAAUCGCGUGUUUCUUUUGUAGAUGUCGUCCUCAAUAAUAUUAAGUAUAUAAUAAAACAAGUAUCUCGGCAUACGGAAAUAGAUAUAGAAUUUUUCUUCGUCAUCUAGCAGACGUUUCCGGAUAUUCCAAUAUUCCCCUUCUGAUUUCCUUUGUCGCAACAUAUCAUGUACCCAAUAUCUUCUUUUCCUGCUGUUUCGUUCAUUUUCAUUAUCAAAUAUAAUAGCUAUAAUCGCCAGUUCAGUGAAUGUAAAGUUCGACAUUUCAUAAGCAACACGACUUCUUUGGACAAAAUUUAACCGAAAACUGAGGUUAGACGAGUUGUCUGUUGAAUACGCAUUACCCACUCGUUGGCACCGCGUUGGCCACUCCUUGACACCGCGUUGUCCACUAGUGACCAUUGGGUGGAUCAACUAGUUGACUACUCAUCUAGAGUGUGAGUAGAGUUGCUGCCGCGUUGGCGUGGAGUUGUUAUAAUGUGCGAAGACCUUAAAGGUCAUAGCUCAUUAGAGCCACCCGGCACCCGACCCUCACCGCCUCAACUAGUGCGGUUGAUAUUGUUUGUAUGGAUUUCUAUGGAUAUACGCUCAUUACAUCAACUCCGGAUCGCCUCGCUCGCAAGUUGCCCACGCGCGGGCGGCGAGUGGACCACUCGGUGACAACUCGCAACUCGCAUGCUUGCCGCACGUUGAUCGCGCGUUGCCGACGAGUGGACCGCGCGCUGCCUGCCAGUGAUUCACUCGAGGGCGAUGCGUUGGCAAUGCGCCGCUCCCCACCCUCCCAUCAUUCCCAGCCUUUCUUUCGAACAAGGCGGACGUAUCGUUUUUACUUUUAAAAUGAAUAAAGAAAAACUUAUCGAAGAAGUUCGUAAAUAUACUUUAUUAUAUGAUCUAAGUGACUCGAAGUACAGUGACAAUGUAAAAAAGGAAGAAGCAUGGACAGAAAUAAGCAACACCUUAGCGGUAACAGGUAACGGAUAUUAUUUAUGUAUUAAAAAUAUUAAAUAAAAGAUAGUACAACAGAUUGGUGCUUAAUUCGGUUGUCCCUUGUUUUGCAUAAUGUUCAUUUAGUCUAAUUUUAAUUUGGUAACAUUGCAAGCUAGUAAUGGACAAAAAUGAUAUGUAACCUACAAUGUAAAUCAAACAAGAGACCAUAUUGUUUCAAACGUUGUUAUGUGAAACAAGGUACUUUCACAUAAUUCGUUAUUAACUAGACAUCCACAUAUAUGACAUUUGAUGAUUAGUGAUUCAUAAAAAAAUUGAUAAUACGAGUAAGCAAAUUAAGUAUUCCAUGGAAGCUGUCCAACCGAUGAUUUGAAAUAAGCAGCAAACAAAUCACGUAUGUUAAAAGCAGUAGUGUUUCCACCAAUGUGACGUAGAUCAUUGAACGCCUCCUGAUGCAGGUUAUGAUGCGCUGGCCUGGGUCUGGAACAGUACUCUUCGUUACUUUCGAUAUUAUAAGUUCGCAUUACAUUAUGCAAUAUACAUGUUGUCAAAACAACAUUAUCAACCAUGUCUGGAUUUAAACGAAUAUUUUUAUUGUAUAUUUCAAACUUUUGGUAUAAUAUUCCGAAUGCAUCUUCGACUACUUUGCGUGCGCGUGACAGGCGAUUGUUAAAUUCUUUUUGGUCCUGAGAUAGUUGUUGAGAACGAGAAUAUGGCCUCAUUAUGUUCUUUUGUAACGGAAA